AACCUGAUUACGAAUCUGUUCGCCUUUUGUUCGAGGUUUCGAGUCGAGUUUGCGACAGCAGAAAGGCAAUAGCUCAUCCAGCGAUCAAAUGUGGCGCAAGACCCAUUUCAAUAUACAUACCCAAACAUUGUGAAUUCAUGCCAGAGAAUCGUUCUUUAUAGCUAAAAGGUGACCGGAACAAGUCGUAUAAACGUUAAUCUGCAAGUGUGUCAAAAGAUUCUCUUUGUGUCUGUGUGCGUGUGUGUGUGUGUGUGUAGAAUUUUCGGCUCAAUUCGGUUGUCUCUGUGCGCUGUGCGCUGAACUUGUCGCUGUCGCGUAUUAAAAAACUCAUAAAUUGCACAAGAAGACGAGAAGGCAUAUCAAUAGAUCGUCAUAUACUAUACAACUGCUGCGCUUCAAUAUAUGGCGAAAGGCAGCUGCCUCUGCUGCGCAUUUGUCUACAACUUCGUCGCAGCGACAGUCGACAGUGAAUCUAUGGAAAUACAGAUGAUAAUUGUGCCAGCCGCACUACAGAGCUGAAUUCGCCAGGAGCUAAGCAGGCAGAGCAAGAAGAGCACUCGAAAUAUAUCUCAAAUAUUAUUCCGCAAAUCGACUCAGCUUCAGCUUCAGCAUUGGCAAAAUGAACGCCCCGACAAGGAGCAGACAAAUCUCGCUGCUGCUGCUGCUGCUGGCCGUGUGCCUCGAGUGGCAGUUGGCUGUGGCGCGCACACGUGAUUUGUGCCAGGUGAAGCCCACGACGAGCGGCCUGUGCGUGCCCACCACGGUGGGCAUCUACUACGAUGUGGAGACGCAGCGCUGCCACUUCAUGGGCUGCAGCAAUAAGCGACUCUUCGGCUCGCUGGAGGACUGCGAGAAGAUCUGCAAUAAUGCGCGGCACGUCAAGCUGCGCAAUAACUCGGCCAACAAAAGCAAUCAAACCACAAAUUGAAUAUAAGCACUAGCAAUAGCA